CUCCAAAGCCAUUUUAAUGGGUCCUUCCUUCCUCUCUAAAGGUCUCUAGUAUCUCAAUUCAUUUCUCUGUCUUCUCUUUGUUUCUUGAGAACCUGUUCUUGGUAAGUUCAUCUGAUAAAGGGAUAUUUAAAGAGUUUGGUCUUCUGGUUUUUGGUGAUUGAUUUUGAAUUGGAGAAGGGAAAGAGAACGUUAAUGGCUGGAAUUUGCUGUGGAGUUGUUGGUGAGAGUGAGACAGCUGCUCAAGUAGUUGAACCAAGCUCACGAGCUUCAAGGCGGAGAAGAUUGGAACUCCGCCCAUUCAAGGUCAUUGCCGAUACUGCUGUGCAACCGACGUUGGAAAACGACCGGAAACGGCAGAAACUGGAUCUUUGCCCUCUUCCACUCGCCUCUCCUGCACCUAACUCCCCACGUGACUGCGAGAACGCAGUAGAGAGUUGCAAACUCAGCGAUGAUAAGUGUAAAGAAAAUGAACAAAAUGAAAAUUCUGAGAAGAACGAGUACUUGGGUACAAAUCUAUCAGUGAACGCUAACUCGGUUUCAGAGUCUGCGAAAUCGGGUCAUGAUGUGGCUGAAGAGUCACCGAAAUUUGGCUCUACAUCCGUUUGUGGUAGAAGAAGAGACAUGGAAGAUGCAGUUUCGAUACGAACGUCUUUUACUGGCCAGAACACUUCUUUCUUCGGUGUAUUUGAUGGUCACGGUUGCUCUCAUGUGGCGAUGAAGUGCAAAGACCGGUUGCACGAGAUAGUGAAAGAAGAAAUUGAAAGAUUCGAAGAAUUGAAUUGCGUUGAGUGGAAAGAAACGAUGGAGAGAAGUUAUGCGAAGAUGGACAAGGAGGUGGAGUGGUGCAACAACGUAGAUAAGAGCAUCAACUGCCGUUGUGAGCUGCAGAUUCCACAGUGCGAUGCCGUGGGAUCAACGGCUGUAGUUGCAGUUGUGACUCCGGACAAGAUCGUCGUCUCCAACUGCGGCGACUCUCGUGCCGUGCUCUGCCGCAACGGUGUAGCCAUCCCACUUUCCUCGGAUCAUAAGCCUGAUCGGCCGGAUGAAUUGGUCCGAAUCCAAGCCGCCGGCGGCCGCGUAAUCUACUGGGACGGUGCACGAGUCCUUGGAGUUUUGGCCAUGUCUAGAGCAAUUGGUGAUAACUAUUUGAAACAAUAUGUGAUAUCGGAACCGGAGGUGACGGUGACGGAACGGACGGCAGGGGAUGAGUGUUUGAUACUGGCAAGCGAUGGCCUUUGGGACGUGGUAUCAAACGACACUGCAUGUGGAGUCGCACGAAUGUGUUUACGUUCACAGAGGCCACCAUCACCACCAGGGUCACCAGGCAGCGACGCUGUCAUGGGCAGUGAAAGCUCCGACAAGGCAUGCUCGGAUGCUUCAAUACUGCUAACGAAGCUGGCUUUGGCCAGGCACAGUACGGACAAUGUGAGCGUUGUGGUGGUCGAUUUAAGAAGGAAUCAAGAAGAAUAAGAAUCGUUAGUGCAUGAUAAUAGUAACUAGAAGAUAAAAGAAAGAAAUUAUACUAAUGAGAGUCGUAAUUAAGGCUGAAAAAAGUCUCGAUUUCGAUUUUCAGUAAGAGCAUGAGUGGAGUAGUUUUAUUUAGCUUGAAAUUGUAUUGUAUUCUUGUAGGACAUGUCCUCGUGAAUGAGGGGGAGAAACGAUUAAAAGAAAAUCGAGAAUUUCUACUUGGAAUUUGAUUUUCUGAGGGUGGUGCAGAAAUUUGCGGGAUAUUAUGGUUGUAGAAUUUUGGUGGGGAAUAUGGUUCUGAAAAUAUAUAUAAAUUCGGAGGGACUUUUUAUUCCUCGUUUAAUCCAAAAAUCGAGUGUAUGUUCAAUUUUUUAA